CUGUCUAUCUAUCUAUCCGCCUGCCUGCAUGUUUGCCUAUCUGUCUGCCUAUCUUUCUAAGUGUUUAUAAUCUAGAACCUGUCUGUAAUAACACCUCUCAUUCUAUGCACCAAUGAUUGUAUGACUAACAUCUGUUCCUUUCCCAAGGUUUGACCCGUGUGUCUACGGUGUAGUGGUUAGAGGCACCUCGUCGUUGCUCGCAGAAGGCAUGGGUUCAAUCCCCGCAAAGGGAAGUAGUCAAGUCAUACCAGAGAUAUCUCCAGGGACACAUUGUCUUAUGACCCGCUCAGAGUGGGUUCGCGGUGUCAAACAGGGUCGGUCGGUCGAAGCAGCCCGCUUCCAGAUCGGGUCGUUAGGGCCGUGAAAAAAUAUACAAUCCCUCAAUGAAUGAAAGCGUUGAACCUACGCCUAGCUGUGGUUAAUUCCUCUAUUUGUGUAGCUGUUCUAAUGACGACAGAAGCCUUGGUUUUCUUGCGGUAUAACGUCGUAUGUACCACCAGCGUAAAUAAUAUGUGGUGUACCGGUUAGACACUUGUACGUCGCACGCAGGAGACGGGGGUUCGAUUCCGUUAUCGUGACUAUUUAUAGUUCUUUGUAAUUCCACACACAUUCUGGUAUUUUCGGGACCGUGCGAAUGAGAACGUAGUAUCUUCAAUGAAGCAACUGUGACAGGUGUGCGGACUAAACGUGCAGCACAGCACAACAGGGAUAAUAAUAUUUUAUUAGUUAGAACAACCCCGGACGUUAGAUUUAGAUAUCUAUCUACUCGAUGUGUAUGUGAAACUGCGGAACAUCACUUUAUAGAAUUUUAUUAUUCUCCGCGAAGCAUAAGUUCUGCCACUCCGCGAAGUCAGGCAAAAUUCGGUCUUAUAACAUCGUUUGCUCCGCGGAGCCAGCCAAGACUCAGUAACUCUGUAAGUCUUACCACUUCGUGUGCUCCGCGAAGUCAAGGGAGACCGACAGUCAACGACAAAUGAUGUUGAUGAUGAUGACGAUGAUAUUGACGACAUGAUGUCGACGUCUUCUUGUACCUGACGACAUCCGCCCUAUCUUUCUCAGGUGAAGAAUCUGUUCAUUAAGUCUAUGUCCUCGCUAGUGACGUCAUCGCUCCAACAACGGCUGGCCAUUCGGCCGGACCCAGGUGGUCCCAUCAUGUGCAAGAUUUGUGGGAAGAUGUUUUCUAGUCAGAGCAGUCUAAGCACUCACAAACGCAUUCACACGGGAGAAAGGCCCUAUAGAUGCUCGUCGUGCGGUAAAAGCUUUACCCAGAUCGGGACGCUCCGGACACACGAACGCAUACACACGGGGGAGAAGCCCUACAUUUGCAAGGUAUGUGGCCACACGUUCGCCCAGAGCGGAAGUUACCGCAUGCAUGAGCGGCGUCACAUGACGGACACCAUCCAGCGAUGUCACAUCUGUUACGCCACCUUCACCACAUGGCAGGACCUGCAGCGUCACAUGGCCUCCCACCCACAGGU